ACAUGCACGUGCGUAAACAAAAAAAGAAAGGGCGACGCCGCGCCUUGCCGAAAAGGAGCCAAAGGAAAUUGCACUAAAUUAAUAUUUUUGUGUUCAGCCACCUAAGUUGAGCAAUGACCUUGAGAUUCCACCUUUAGAGAGCAGCUUGCAUAACCAACUAUUACCAAGAUGACAAAGAUUGAAAGGUUUAUCACCCCUCCUUCAUUUGAAGAGGUUGAUUUGUCUGAAGAUAACUGCCCUCUCAGUAUGAAAGAUGUAAGCAAGUCAAGAAAGGAACUGUGGCUUAUCAGAGCUCCAACUGGUUUUGAUUGUUCUGCUAUUGAAGAUGUGACAUUGAAUCUUGAUGGGGAUCCAGUAGAGUUUUCUUCAGGAGACAACAAAAAAUAUGAAGCAGUCUCUGUUAGGCAGAAUAAAGAAAAUGAGGGGCGGUCUCCAUAUUUGUUGUUGCCAUCUCAGGAAGGAAGGAAUCUUGAACCAGGUCCAGCAUUCAAGGGUCAGAUAGUGAUCAUGGAAUCACCAAGUUUACCCCCUUCAAACCAGAGCCUUCCAGAAAUCAAACAAUCAGAAGCUCCAAAGAUGCCAGAAGGAUUGAUACAGAGGUUCAAACCAUUUGGAUGGGGUAAGCUCAGAAAUUCAGAGUCGUCCCAUGUUAAUCUUCGGUUUUCUUGGAUAUGAGAAUCAGACAUUUUUUUACCCAAUUUGAGAGGAAUGUUUUUAUUAACAUGUCAAAUAAUAUCAUACUUCACACUUACAAAAUCUACAAUACACCGUAUAAAGAUGCAAUAUAAUGUUAAUAAGAUAUAAUAAGAUAUGAGGAUGUGGGGACAUGUUUCUUCUGAAGUGAUAAAUGUAGUCACCAUCUGUGCUGUUCAAGUGGACAUGGAGGUGGUCAUAGUAUCAGGGCCCCGAUGCAUACAAGUUACUAUUGUGACGGUAUCACU